AUGAAGACCGGAGCACCAGCCACCGCCACCGCCGCCGCCAUCAGCACGCCCCUCUUCGUUCGCAUGGUGCACGCCACCCCCAUCGCAGAGGCCUCUGCAUCUGUCACGCCGGUGUUCGGCAUCACCCCCGCGAAGCACGGUGCCAUGAGCCGAACAGGUGUUAUUGUCCUGGUUGUCGUUGUGGGGUUCGUGCUGGCCGUCCCAGCUGGUCUCUACUUCUGCUACAUCAGAAACUGGGCACGCCUGCGACAGCGAGAGCUGGUUGGCGACAAACCUCUUCCCCCCACCGAAUCUCCCCCCACCGAAGCCGCCCCGUUCCUUCCCGCUAGCAUCAUGAGCUAUGAUAGCGCGGCGCCGAGUUACAGGAGCGAAGAGAUCCCGCGGUACACCUUCGUCGACCCGUUCGCGCCGUACAUCCAGAUGGCGUUCCCCUCGGGGAACCUGAGCCUCGAAGACGUUGUGUCCCGUGUCUAG